AUGCCAUCAAAUCGAAGAAAUAAAGGCAUGAUGUCUGCCAUUAAGAGUAGAUCGGCAAUAACACAGGAAGAAAAGGAAAUCAAGAUUCUCCGUGAUUCUUUGGCACGAAAUCUGCCAGAAAGUGUAGAGAGUGAGGAGGUGAAGCCCCGUGAGCGAUCCCCCUCACAACAAGUGCAACGGCCCCCAGUAGUUAAGGAGGUCCAAGCCAUUCCACCCGAACAGGUUCUUGCGCCCACACCACGGGAUGAGCCAGAAACUUCCACCCCUUCAGUUCCUAUUGUGCGGCAGGUUAGGAUAGAGACCAGCCCAGGCGUAAUGCGUCUUGCUACUCUUGUGGUAUCUGGGCCUCCCGGCAGGGCUCCGGUGAGCUCUUUCCCUUUUUCAGUUGCUCCUAGACCUCCCCUUGGAGCUCUCCCCCAAUGUACAUGACAACUGACUCCUCCCCCAACCUAGGCCAGAGCCUUGGGUAAUGCUGUGGUGCCCUGGUCAUCAUUCCACUGAGCCCUGUAGAGUUUUGCAUAGUGUAGCAUUCCGUAUGUACACUGCACUAGACUCAUGAGAAAUAUGGGGUUAUUAGACUGAAGCCAAAGAAGUAGCUUAUUGCUUCUCUGAAUUGUAUGAAAACUGUGUCGCUAAAAUAUUAGAAGUCUUUAAGGUUAAGUAUGACUUCGAUAUGUUGAUAUGAUUUAUGUGGAGGAUAAACCAAAAAAAAUUUGUAGCAAUAUCAUCAUGCUAAAUGGUUGUUCAAGAUUGUGUGAUUGCAGCCUAUUUGGUUUUCUUUUGAAAUCAUCCAUAUU